AUGCGUUCUGGUUGUGCAUGUCCUCGCAAUGUCCACGUUGACACAGGUACGACAAGAAAAUCGGAUGGAGCUAGCGAAUGGGUUGGGCAGGAGCGCGAAUGGUUCGACUUUUUAAUCCCACACGCAUCCUCUCUCCUUCUUUCCACCCACCUGCUAGGGUUUCCGUCGUUCCGGCCACCGCUGCCGCCGCCGGCGCCCGACGCCGCCACCAUCCCGGCUCAAAGCGGCGACCCAAGGAGGAGCUCCGGACUCGGCUGGAGUAGCUCGAGCAGCGGUGGUGGUCCACAACGCCAUCAACGUCUUCCUCGGCAGAGCAACGUAGGCCGUACAGACGUCCGGCUCCGUCCUGCUCUAGCGGCGCCGCCUGUCCACCCGACGAACAAAAGAGGAUUAAGGAGGAGAUGCACGACGGAGAUUUUGUUUCUCUAUGCCUACAAGACGAUCGCAGAAAAUCCAAGAAGAUUGACACGAGUGACCCCGGACCCGGAGGCUGUACCAAUCAUGUUUAUAGCACUACAAACUUGGAAUACGUCCAGUAUUUAUUAUCUUGGUAAUUCACUGCAUAUGAAGAAAGGACAACCGUUCAUGGACCCAUCCCAAGAGCUCAUCUGGUGGUGGUUGUUGCCGCUCCUUCUCUCCACGGCGUAGACCUUGUCGUCAAGCUCAUCUUCUAUCCUAAGGUGAUGAUCUUUCUGCAAGUUGCUGCCUGGGUUUAUAGUCCCGUUCGUUUCUUUACAAGACACAGAUGACAGAAAUGCCGCAAUGGGACCAGGUCGUUACCUUUUUCCGUCUCUGUCCACAUGUAUCCAUACAAUUGUUUGUUCGUCGUUUGCCCACUUAUGUGUAUAUAUGCUUCUUUCUAACAAUGGUCGUUUGGAUGCAUAUGCCCAUAUUGCCAUUUUUUGUGAAGUAUGUAGUAUAACCACUGGUUAUUCCUUGUAAUAUCCAAAUGGUAUAAGAGAUUUUGUUAGUGCACCAUUAGCAUAUUCUUUGUUACUGGAUCA